GCAAAAAGCGGAUUUCACAAAAUGUACGAAGGAAAUCCGAUCUUUUGAAACAAAGAUGGCGGUCAAAAGGAGUGAAAAAAUAUUAAUUUAGUUUUAGUAGAAUUUCUUUACCUAUUUUCUUUGCAAUGACGUCGAAAUCUCGACAGGGUAGUGGGCAUCGCGACGGCUUUGUAUUCAAGUAUUGUUUAAGCAGUAUUUCAGCGUCGGUUGCCGAAUCUGUUACAUUUCCAUUGGACAUUACCAAAACCCGUCUUCAAAUUCAGGGAGAGACUGCCUCGUUGGUUUCUGGAGCUAAACGUCAGCCUUACAGAGGAAUGAUAAAGACUGCCAUUGGCAUUGUAAAGGAAGAAGGAUUUCUGUCAUUAUGGCGAGGCAUCACUCCAGCCCUUCUUCGACAUUUAGUGUAUUCCGGUUCACGUAUGGGAGCAUAUGAAGUAAUCCGGGAAAAAGUUUUGCUGAGAAACAAAGAUGGAUCUUUUCCCCUCUGGAAAGCGGUUGUUGGCGGUAUGAGUUCUGGUGCUAUUGGACAGUUUUUGGCCAGUCCAACUGACUUGGUCAAAGUUCAAAUGCAGAUGGAAGGCCGGAGAAUCCUGGAGGGAAAACCACCAAGAUAUCGCGGCACGGCUCACGCCUUCUCCAGUAUUGUUAAAAACACUGGAGUGACCGGAUUAUGGAAAGGGUGGCUACCAAACGUCCAGAGGGCGGCGCUUGUAAAUUUGGGAGAUCUUACGACGUACGACACAGCAAAACAAUUUCUCCUGAGAAACACGAAUUUGGGAGAUACCUCUGCUACGCAUAUGCUUUCAAGCAUCACCGCUGGACUAGUAGCUGCUACCAUGGGCACUCCAGCUGACGUCAUCAAAACUCGAAUCAUGAACAAUCCCAUGGCUUAUAGAGGAGAUGAUUGUUUUAUAACUGCGGUAAGAGAGGAAGGAUUUUUCGCUCUCUAUAAAGGAUUCAUACCCACCUGGACACGAAUGGCCCCAUGGUCUAUGACAUUCUGGUUAGUUCACGAACAAAUUCGUAAAAUUGCUGGAACCUCUGGCUUUUAAUACCAAGUAAUGAAUAAUGCAGGUAGAAUUAUGACAAUUAUCACAUAUAUUACCCAAUGAACCGAAAGGACUGGAAAGGCCGCCAGCCCGCCAUCUUUGAAGCAAAUUAAUUAAUGGCCGCCAUGAAUGACAACAGUUAAAAUUACACGUUUUUUGGCCGCACCCAAUAAUUGGGUAAGAUUUUUCCCGGGCAGUUAAUACAAAAUACACAUUUACAGACUACUCAUAUACAUACUUUUCACAGCCUCGUACCCAGCGCGCGGGGGUGCUUGUGGUGGUUUUGUUUACCCACGUGCUCGCUUUUUUUUAGCUGACCUCUAUACAAUAACUGAAUGCAACGUUUUAUAUUUCACUAUUAAAGCGCCUGGGUA